UAAUUAUUUUGAAGCUACCCUGAAAAUUUCAAUUGCUAGUUUAUCGCGAAGUGCCUCGAAAUUUAGUUGCAAAAAUCCAACGGGAACGACAAACAAACACGAAAAGUCAGUGUAUAAAAACGUCGAAAAACAAAAAAAUAGUUGUUGUUGUUGGAUUACUGAUAUAAAUUACGAUAUGUUGGCGGAGAGCUCGACAAACGUUGUCAGUAACGACGAAGUGGAUUAUAUGAAAGCGGACGCGUCACAGCCAACCCACAGGAUUAAUUUAAUAUUUCCAGGUACAAAAUGGUGCGGCUCUGGUAAUGUAGCAGCCGAUUACGAUGACUUGGGCCCUUCUAAGGAGGCUGACAUCUGUUGCCGGGCGCACGACCACUGCCCGGACAUCAUCCCUGGAGGAGAAACAAAAUACAAUCUGACGAACAACGCAUUCUACACAAGGUUGCAUUGUACGUGCGAUAUAGACUUCCUGGAAUGUCUGCGGUCUGCCAACACGAAGGUUGCUAAGUACAUCGGCAUUACAUACUUUGACGCCUUAAAGACUAAAUGCUUCAAGGAAGACUACCCAAUCACCAAGUGCAAUAAGAAAGGAGGAUGGUUCAACGCGAAGUGUACAGAAUAUGAGUUCGAUAAAUCCGGAAAACCCACGUACCAGUGGUUCGACGUGCCGAACUUUAAGUGAAGAAUUGGAAAAUCUAGUCAAAUUUACUAUGAAGGAAAAUGAUUGUUAAGUCUCGUGUAUAUUAAAUAACAAUGUUUAAUUUUA